GAGAACGAGCAGCUCGUCUCAUUCCGCCGCUUCCUCAGCAUCGCAGAGGAGCGAGCCGCAGAAAACACAAACUGGAGAGAAAGAAAGGAUCAAAUCCACUGAUGAAGGAGGAUACUAUGGAAAAGAAGAUAUAAUCCAGGCUCACUGGCAUCCACUGUCACAUGUCACAGCUUUGGUGGAGGUGCGUGAAAGUUUCCAUCCUUAAAAGAGAGGAGGGGGGACACCCUCCUCUUGAUGUGGGGAUGAAGAGCAGAUGCUGAAUUUCCCUCUGAAGGCAGGAGAAGAGCUGCUGAACAGAGGAUUCGCUGCACUGGAGCUGCUAGUUUCUCCUGUUUUCCUCCUGCUCAGUUUUUCCCUUCACCAUUCUUUCAGAAGAAUACAUGACAUUACUUCACCGUGUCAGGCUGGAAUAUCACAGUGGAAAUAGUCUCCAACCAGGAAAGUAUAAGGGAGUGGAUUAUACACAGGUUGAGUGAAGGACAUGUUUCCCAGUAAAAGUAAGUUGUGAUCAGAAGAAGCUCUAAAUGUGGUUCUGAUUCUGAGACUCUGAGGAUUUUCACCUUUUCUGUGGAGCAGCACUGAGCUCUCCGACGGCUUAUCUUGGACUAUUGGAGUUUGGAUAAUAUUGGAAGAGUAACUCUGCACGUGGAGCUGUCGACUCUUUCUCCUGGAAAGAAGCAGAAAUGUUCUUCACCUUCAUACGUGAGAUAUUUUCAGUUGGAUCUUUGACUGGACUUUGACUAGGCCUGCAGUUGACUCUGCUUUGAUGGAAGCCAUCUCUGGCUGUACGUUCAGCGUCGUCCUGCUGGAAGGUUGCCGUUCACCACCGCCUCAGGUUUUCUUCCAGGACGGCAUGUUCUUUAGCUCCACCCAUCAACUCAGCCUUCCUGACCCUGCAUCCCCACAGCAUGAUUCAACCACCACCGUGUUUGAUCCAGAGAAUGGAUAUGAAGCCUGGCAGUAAGUGACCUGUGAAUAGAGUCACUCUGGGGAUUUUCUAAAGGACUUCUUCAUUCUGUAACAUUGUUGGAACAUCGGACGUUACAAAGACCAGGAGAUAAAAGAGCAAAAGUGGAAGCAGAAACAGCAGAAGAAGAGAGAGAAGAACAGAGCAUGGCUGAGAGGAUGAUUGCUUCUGAAAGUGAACCGUGACAGAACGGUGGACUGUCUGAACAAAGUCAUGCUGCACGCGGUCGUCUCCUGCUGGCAGCCAUUCCUUGGACUGGUACUAGUGGCUGCCUUUGUGGGCUCUUCUUUAGGAUGUCCCUCACGCUGCGAGUGCUCGGCCCAGACCAAGGCCGUCGUCUGUCACCGCAAGCGAAUGCCCACCAUCCCAGACGGCAUCCCGACCGAGACCAGGAUCCUGGACCUGAGUAAAAACAAGCUGACAAUGAUCAACCCUGAUGACUUUAUUAACUUCCCUGGGCUGGAGGAACUGGACCUCAGUGGGAAUCUGAUCAGCUACGUCGAGCCUGGAGCUUUUAACGCCUUGUUUAACAUGCACUCACUCAGCCUAAAGAGCAACCGCAUCAAGCUCAUCCCUCUGGGGGUUUUCACAGCCCUGACAAAUCUAACCCAACUGGAUAUCAGUGACAACAAGAUCGUCAUUCUUUUGGAUUAUAUGUUCCAGGAUUUACAUAAUCUGAGGUCUUUGGAAGUGGGAGACAACGACCUGGUUUAUAUUUCUCACCGUGCGUUCAGUGGACUCCUGAGCCUGGAGGAAUUAACCUUAGAACGAUGCAACCUUACAGUUGUACCCACCGAGGCGCUCUCUCACCUGCACAACCUGGUCAGCCUUCAUCUCCGUUACCUCAGCAUUAGCACUUUGCAUCCGUACUCCUUCAAAAAGCUGUUCCGGCUUCGGCAUUUAGAAAUCGAUAACUGGCCUUCACUGGACCACGUGCCAGUGAAUACCCUGCAUGGCCUGAACCUGACCACAUUGUUCAUAACCAACACCAACUUAUCCUCUUUCCCUUACCAAGCCCUGAAGCACCUUCCCUACCUGACCCACCUCAACCUGUCCUUCAACCGGAUCCGCCACAUCGAAGGAGGGAUGCUGAUGGAGCUGGUUCGGUUGCGAGAGUUGCAUCUAGUGGGAGCUCAGCUGACCACCAUCGAUCCGCACGCCUUUCAUGGCCUAUGGGGUCUCAAGGUGCUCAACGUCUCCCACAACCGCCUGGACACCCUGGAAAAGGGCGUGUUCCACUCCCCCGAGGCUCUGGAGGUCCUUCUGAUCAACAACAACCCCUUGGUGUGUGACUGUCGUCUCAUGUGGAUCCUGCAGAAAAAGCACUCCAUUUUGUUUGGAGACUCGCAGCCAGAAUGCAGCACACCCGAGGGGAUCCGUGGUCGGCCUUUCAAGGAGUUCAAGGAGGCGCUCCUGUCUUACUACGUAACAUGCACCAAGCCAAAAAUCCGCGAGAAUAAAACCCAAACAAUUACUGUGGAUGAGGGCCAGCAGGCAAUGCUGCGCUGCAGCGCCGAAGGGACGCCGAGGCCGAGCGUGUCGUGGCUGUCCCCACGUCGACGAGUACUGACGAGUCGGAACCACGGACGACUGACGGUGCACAACAAUGGCACAUUAGAGAUCAAGUCUGCAGAGAUACAAGACAGUGGCGUGUACCUCUGCCUGGCCUCCAACACUGCUGGAAAUGACACCCUGAUGGCUUCAUUAGCGGUGAAAAGUCUGGGGUCGCUGUACGCCAACAGGACCCAGCAUUACACAGACCCUAACAACGGCACUGCCAACGAAACUGCCAACAUUUCCCUUGGUCUGGACCUGAAGACUAUUUUAGUGUCCACUGCUAUGGGCUGCUUCACCUUCCUGGGAGUGGUCUUGUUUUGCUUCCUGCUCCUGUUCGUGUGGAGCAGAGGAAAAGGAAAACAUAAAAACAACAUCGAUGUUGAAUAUGUACCUCGGUCAAAGUCCAACGGUACUAAUGUCGAUUCAGCCGAGGGACAGGCUGGUCCGCGGCGUUUUAACAUGAAAAUGAUGUAAGUUAUAAAUACAUAUAUAGAAGCGAGACGGAAGAGGACGGGAUUGUGGACACAGCUGGAGUAUAAAGUAUUUUUUUGAAAAUAGAAUGACAGAAUGAAAGUGGUUGUGAAACUUUGUAGACUAUCUAGCAUAAAGGGACAUUCUGUAAAUCACUGGAUUGAUGCCGAGAUUCAGCAGCGAAAAGCACAUUACACGUCUUACAUAACUGCCAGCUGGCGACUUCUCAGAAGAGGCAUGGAAACAGUUGUUGCCAUGGGGACCUAAAGGCAAAAGGUGUCAUGUAUUAACUUUUUGAAAUUUGUAUGUACAAAAAGAAGCCCUUAGUUUUGGGUUGACUACAGACUCGUCUACACAAUGUACAGUAUGAAUUUGUAUCUAAGCUAUUAACCUACUUUGUUUAGUCCUGCGCCAUGCUUAUUCACUGAACAAUGAAAGACACCAUGAGUUCUUCUGUUCAGUAUGUUUACUGAAUGCUUCAUUAUGUACCUGUGUGGAUAUUCAUUCAACAGAACUAUUCAUAGCAAUAUUCAUGGGAUACAUUAGCCAAAACUGUAACCCCAAUGUUCUGCAAGAACGAGUUUCCAUUGAUUUAGGAAGGGCUUCUCCUCUAUGGCUGAGUUUCUGUCCCUGUCCCCCGAUUGCCACCUGGAUAAUAUGAAACAUAUAGAAUUUACUAAUAAUAAAUAUUUAUGGAAAAUGUUGAUAAUUUUGCAAAAGCCAACGCUCUAACACUGUUCAGGACCUAACACGAACCUCUGAUCAUCCUGAAAACGGCCUAGUCCAGGUCACAAACCACCUUUUUGUCCUAUUUUUGUCUUUUUUUACUUUAACUGUACCUUUGCUGGUUGGCUAACUACAUGUGUCAAUUUUACAAAAGUGACAUCUGCAUCAUUUUCCCCUGUAGAAAAUUUGGACUUUGUUGUGGUAGUUCUUCAUUUUGUUGUUGAAUCAUAUAGAUUGUAAAAACUACAAAAAGUAAAAGUUGAAAAAAUGUAUGUGAAAUAAAUGAAUAUGUAUUUGUA